CUAGUUGUUUCUGAACUGCAAGGCGAGUGGAACAUUGUAACCGGCGCUGGCAGUCAGACCCGCUUCAGCACCGCGCACAGUCAGACAGUCUCUCUCUUCCCCCUCUCCCUCCCUCCCCUCCCCCCUGGUUAGCUCCACACCGUUUCCCAGCUUCUCCUUUCCGAGUCGCCACCUCGAAUUCAUAAAAUGUUGCGGCUUUAUUGCAAAGAUUUUCGUUGCGUGGAAUGUGUAAGGUUGCAUUUUCAUGCUUUUUGUUCCUUCCCCGCUCUCCUUUCUGAAAGGCUUUGUGUCUUUGCUGUCUGAGUGCCUUCGUCUGGCGGCCAAUGAUUGCACUGGGUGUUUUUUUUUUUACACGCUGCAAUUUCUAUCUAGUUCAUCUUGAUCAAUGAAGAGGUGAAAACAAAGACUGAAGAUUUAUUUCUUGUAGGACAUGUAUCGGUGUUACAUUUUACAGUGGGAAAACAGGUAGUAUAUGGACAGUGACGGGAUCCGUGGAAGACAAGCUAAUGUACUGAGGAUAGACACCAAAAGCUGGAGUAACUCAGCGGGACAGGCAGCAUCUCUGGACUAGCUAAUGUACUGCUCCGCUUACCUGCUGUGUACAGAAAAUGACCAGACUGAUGUUAGGGAAGAAUUUGGAAAGAAUAUGCAAAGCCGUGCUCUUGCUGUGUCUGGUGCACUUUAUCAUAAUGACGAUCUUCUACUUGGAUGUCUACACCCAAAGGUUCGACAUAUUCAGCCGCUUUAACAGUAGGAAUUAUUCCAAGAUGCAUCAGUACUUUAACAUCUCAAAGCCCAAUGGAACCUCACCGGCCAUCCUGGGUGGCGAAGAUCAUUUUGUGUCGAGCAGGAAGUUGGAGAGUAAUCUUACAGUCACAAAGAAGCCUUUGCCAUUGUGUCCUGAUGUCCCACAGGGGUUAGUUGGAAGACUGUUGAUAGAAUUCAGCUCCCUGAUGACGAUGGAGAAAGUUCAAAGAGAGAACCCAGAUGUACGAGAAGGAGGCAAAUACACACCAGCCGACUGUAUAGCUAAGCAAAGAGUUGCCAUCAUAAUUCCAUUCAGGCACAGGGAACACCACUUGAAGUUCUGGCUCCAUUACUUGCAUCCCAUUCUCCACAGGCAGAAGAUCAACUAUGGCAUUUAUAUCAUAAACCAGCAAGGUGAAGGCAUGUUCAACCGAGCAAAGUUACUGAACAUUGGUUACAUGGAGGUACUGAAGGAUGGAGAGUAUGACUGCUUUGUAUUCAGUGAUGUCGACUUGAUCCCGAUGGAUGACCGAAAUCUCUACCAUUGUUAUGACCAGCCGCGUCACUUUGCAAUUGCAAUGGAUAAAUUUGGAUUCAGGCUCCCGUACAAUGGAUAUUUUGGUGGCGUCUCAGGAUUGAGCAAGGAACAGUUUCUAAAAAUAAAUGGCUUCCCAAAUGAAUACUGGGGCUGGGGCGGUGAGGAUGAUGAUAUUUAUAACAGAAUAACACUGAAAGGUAUGAAAGUAUCCCGACCAGACUCCAGGAUUGGAAAAUACCGAAUGAUAAAGCAUGAACGAGACAAGCACAAUGAACCCAACCCCCAGAGGUUUACAAAAAUCCAGAACACAAAGUUAACCAUGAAGCAAGACGGGAUCAACACCUUGAAAUACAAGCUGGUGAACAUAGCCAAGUACCCGAUGUACACAAACAUCACAGUGGACAUUGGCAUUCCGCCACCUCGAGUUUCAAGGGGAUAACAGGUUGUGAGCAAAGAUAGUUUUCCUGUUGCUCUGUGCUUCAUUGCAGACAAGUCUUUCCGUCUGUCAUUCUCUGUCUUUCUCUUUCUGUCUCCAAAGAAUUACAGUGAAUACAAGAUAAAAUAAAGAAAACUAACAAAGCAUGUGGAAGUGAGAGGAAAUAAAAAAAAUCCUCUUGCUCUGUAAGACUGCUGAAGUGCUGCCUUCUGGAAUUGAGAGAUGUAAAGCCGACAAGACCAGGUUGACAUGAUCUGGGAGGAUUAUUCUUUUUAAGCUCUUUUAUUGGUGUGAAAUCAAGUGGGAAAUGAAGCUCCGUACAAUCUCUUUAGUACUGUUAACAAAAUCCUUGGUCUCUCUGAAUGUGACUUCCUCUAACAAACGAAAACCUUGCUCUGUUUCAAUCUGGCUCACUGGAGUAUCAUUGCCUCAAAAUCUUGGGGCAGAUUCCUUUAGUUGCCGGCGAGACCUUAUAUUACAAGAAAAUGUGCCUGCAAGGUCAUUAUGGAUCACAGCUAUUUUAACUCUUUGAGUGCUGAAUAAUCUUUGCAGCUUUCAGAAUCACUGUAUGCUCAUGUUUUCUACCAUAUAACAUAAGGGGUUUCUUGUAAAUUUCUAAUAUUGAAUGUUAUUAAAAAAAAUAAAAUCAUGAAAGGAAAACUCAAGAAAAAUCUCCGGAUUUACAGAAUUUGAUAAAUAAAUAGAAAGAAAUUUCA